CCAGGGCCGGGGAAUGACUUGGCGCAUGCUCCGUACCUUGGGCAGGUUUUUGCUGCGGGUAGGAGGACUCCUUGUCACACCGGCUGGUGGGUAGCGGUGGUGCCAGCCUUUCGCGAGCGCGCGCGCGCUCGCGCUUGUGUGUCUGGCUGACAGACCUGAAGCAGCAGUGGGACUUCUCUGAAGAGGCGGUGCAUAGACUCGCCUGAGGCUCCUUUCUCUCCUCUCUCUCCCUGUAAGGGCUCAUCUGCAAACUUGCAUGGGGGGCUGGCAGCUUAAAGCCAGUCAGUACGCAGCUUGGGGCUUUCUUUGCCCCAAGGCUCCCCAGAGUGGGAGGGUGCCCGGGUGCUGCUGGUGGUGGGUUAGAGCAGGGGCUAGGGCGGGCGGGGCACUGUGAGGGGCCAGGGGCCGAAGCUCCUCCUUCUCUUUCCUGGUACCAAGGCUUUCUCCUGAAGAUCACGAAGCCUCUGGGUGUGGGUCGAAGCACUGGUUUCCAGCUACCGGAGGGGAAGGUUCAGAACCCAAGAUGAGCUAGUAAGUGCUUAAGAAUCCGCGGCAGACUGGCUCCCAGAGGCUCAUUCCUAGUCUGAGAGACGCCUGAUAUCUCUCUCCUCUGGCUAGGGGAAGGAUUAACGGCUCUUGGAGUACAGGGUAGAGUAGAGGGAGAGUCCUUUUUGAGCUCUGGAACAGUCUUCGCGCAGCCGCCACCCCUUAGUGCCGGGAACGGGCACCUUAUCUUCGCCCUCCUCUUUCCUCUCUUCCUCCUCCGCAGCGGUGGGCUAGGGGACCCAGGUUCUUUUUUCUACCUCCCAUUAGCCCUGCGGGAGCUAGCAGCAGUAAUCCAUCGGAGCGCCAGAGUGCAACCAGCCCUCCAGACACCUUUACGGGGGUCCCGCCUGCCCGGUCACAGGGGGAUGGAGGUGCAGCGGGCUCCGAACCGCAGCCUCCAGUCCAAACUUCUGCGCCGGUUUUCAGUGCAGCAGCUGUCGUCGCCGCCGCCGCCGCCGCCGCAGCCGAUUCGCCUUCUGGCCUGAGAGCAGGACCAUGGAUGAGAGGUUCAACAAGUGGCUGCUCACGCCGGUGCUCACGCUCCUAUUUCUCAUCAUCAUGUACCAGUACGUGUCCCCCACCUGUACCAACUCCUGCACCAACUUCGGGGACAAGUUCCGCGCUGGGGAGUCAGUCCAGGCUGCAGCCGCCCCAGUGGGUCCCCGAGAGGACCAGCAGCAACCACUGCUCCGGGACCAGGAAGCGGAGAUUCCGGGGGCACCGGCGGCACAGCUCUCCGGACCUGUGCAGGAGGCAGACGUGGAUUUCGAGGAGUUGGAAGAGGAGGAGGAAGAACAGGACCGAGAGUCCCCGGACAAUGGCUCUUUGCCCAAAUUCGUGCCACGAUUCAACUUCUCCGUGAAGGACCUGACUCGUUUCGUGGAUUUCAACAUCAAAGGGAGGGAUGUGAUAGUCUUCUUACACAUCCAGAAGACUGGGGGCACGACUUUCGGGCGGCACCUAGUGAAGAAUAUUAGGCUGGAGCAGCCCUGCAACUGUAAGCCCGGGCAGAAAAAAUGCACCUGCCACCGACCCGGCAAAAAGGAGACAUGGUUAUUCUCGCGCUUCUCCACGGGCUGGAGCUGUGGGCUGCAUGCCGACUGGACAGAGCUCACCAACUGUGUGCCGGCCAUCAUGGAGAAGAAGGACUGCCCUCGCAACCACAGUCGCACCAGGAAUUUCUACUAUAUCACAAUGCUGAGGGAUCCAGUGUCUCGCUACCUGAGUGAAUGGAAACAUGUCCAGAGAGGGGCCACUUGGAAGACUUCUCUUCAUAUGUGUGAUGGGAGAAGCCCAACCCCAGAUGAGCUGCCUACUUGCUACCCAGGGGAUGAUUGGUCUGGCGUCAGUCUGAGGGAGUUCAUGGAUUGUGGCUAUAACCUGGCUAAUAACCGACAGGUCCGUAUGUUGGCAGAUCUUAGCCUGGUGGGAUGCUACAACUUGACUUUCAUGAACGAGAGUGAACGGAACACAAUCCUGUUGCAGAGUGCCAAAAACAACCUGAAGAACAUGGCCUUCUUUGGACUUACAGAAUUCCAGCGGAAAACUCAGUUCCUGUUUGAGAGGACAUUCAAUCUCAAGUUCAUCUCCCCCUUCACACAGUUCAACAUCACACGGGCCUCUAAUGUGGAGAUCAAUGAAGGGGCCCGCCAGCGCAUCGAAGAGCUGAACUUCCUGGACAUGCAACUUUAUGAGUAUGCAAAAGACCUUUUCCUGCAACGAUACCACCACACCAAACAACAGGAGCACCAGAGGGACAGGCAGAAGAGGCGGGAAGAGCGGAGGCUGCUAAAGGAGCAUCGGGGUCACAGGUGGCAGAAGGAGGAUGAGACAGCCGUCACAGAGGACUACAACAGUCAAGUAGUCCGAUGGUGACAUCUUCUGUUUCUCCUCCCAUGGAGGUAGGAGGACCAUGGACAGCGCUGGUAUUUUGCUGAAUCAUGGAAGGGAGUGGUAAAAAUGAGUAUAUAAGACUUGAUUUGAACAUCAGUCCUCCCUUUCUUUUAGUUUUUAGGGUUUUUUCUUUAGAUUUUAACCCACUGAAGGAAUAAUUCCUCUUAUUUUUUUCUUGAUAUUUUUCAAUCAAUGAUAUUAAAUAGAAUCACAUCCCAAACAAAACUACUCUGAAAAGUCCACACCAAGAUGGCAAACCAAGAAAUCUGUUUUUGCCUCCUUCUUUUCAGCUGCACAGUAGAAGAAUGGUGUGAGAAGUCAGAGACUACAGUGGCAUGAAUGAAAAAACCAAAAUGAGACUUGGGAGUUCUGUAGAAACCAGUCUGUAUUAUAGGACUAUUUAUAAUGAUAAGAAAGGAAAGGAGAGAGAGAAAAAAAAAUAUUUGAAGGCACUAAGUAAAAAAAAAAAUUAAAAUAAAAAGAGAGAAUGUCAUCUACUGCUGUGUGGAAUCCAUGCUAGAAGAUGAAGUUUUGUGGAUCUUCCUUCACUUUUUGCCUAUGAAUGGCCUGACUCUGGAUGCAUUUUAGAACACAAUCAAAAGGCAAUCACUGCUGCACUAGUCUUACUGUGGCCAUCAUUUUAGGCCUAGGCCAUAUAAACUUCCCCAUCAUUCUUUUCUAAAAAUAAGGUCCUGUUAAGUGACUGAGUGUAGCCAUUAAAAAAAAGGAUCAUUAUUAGCAACUUCUCACUUACAGGUGGACAUCAUUUUUUUCUCCUAAAAAUUGAAAAUGGAACUGAAAAUAAAAUAUGAAGAAAGUGAUAUGUCUACCAUGUUCUAAACUUUCUAGUGAAGCAUAUUUAUUAAAUGAGUAUGUGUAUCUUUCCAAGGAAAAUGGAAACACAUAUCUUCCUUGGUGUGGCACUGCUAUGAAAUUGCAAUGACAAAGUUUUGGCUAGCAUGUGUUCAAGGUCAUUGUCCUCAAGUUGUUGUAUGAAUUAGACCAUACACUGGAUACCACAAAUGGGUGUUAGAUAGGGGAAUAAUUAUUCCAGAUUUUCAAUGAGACAGGACUUAAUGUCUCAAAUAUCUUCAUUCUAGUACAUUUUUUCUUCACUUUUAAAUCUUUGAUUGUUGUAGGAAUAAACCUGUGAUAAUAUUUAACACACAAGACCAUGAUAUAUUAGAUUGGAAGCUUCUCAAAUGCUUCUUCUUGAUCUUGUACAAAUGACAUGAACAAAAUAAGCAGGCAAAUAAAUGAAAACCCAUGGGAUUGUGGGAGAGGGAAUGUCUGUCAUGUUUUCUGUUAAGUCAUCAAUUAUGUAGAAGGAUGUGGGUGCCAUGAAAGAUAAAACUGAAAAGUUCCUACCAGAAGCAUGACAUGAAUACAGGUAGGAUCUUCAAAGUGAAUUAAAAAGCAUAUAUUUUUUUUUGGUAAUCAAAGUUAAAAAUUGGAAGGCAACCAACUUUCUUGAACCACCUUUAUUCCACCCUCAGCUUAAGUUGCAUUGGAGAAUCCAUAAAUGAACAAACCACUAAGCCUUCACUAAAUGGCUAGUGGAAAUAGGCACUGGGGGAGGAGAGAAAUCCAUCCGUUUGACUAAGUUCCCUGAGAUUUUGUCAAAUAUCUAAUGAAGGAUGAAAGGUAGAUGAGGUCUCUCUUCCAUGACCACCAGCCCAUUCAGUUGGACUGGAAUCAGAACAGAUAUUUUGCUGAAUCCUCCAAAGGAGUGGUGGAAUUGAGCCAUGAUUUCUGACUAUAUGAGACUUGAUUGACCAUCAGCCCUCCCUUUGUUCUAGUUUUGGUCAUGGAGCCAGCACUGACAGCAGUGUCCCUCCAGUUACUCUUCCUCAGAUGAGUUUGUUUCUUAUCGAUGAGGGUGGUACAAGGAUGAUAGUUUCAGACUCACUGUGGGCUGCAGCCUAACUCAUGUGAGAAGUCACUCCCUUCCCACUCUACUCACAUAUAUCCCUUGACCACAUCAAAAACGUCAUUACCAUGAAUGACUUGGCAACUGUACUUUUGGAUCCAUGAAGAGAAAAAAAAGGGGGGGGCACAUAAAUAUGCCUCAUUAGAUGAUAGAGAUCGGUCUGACAAGACAUCAAUGUUUUCCAUCCUGAUGAUUUGUUUAUGAGAUGUGGAGGGAAGGAGAGGGGAAAAGAGAGGAGGGACAGUUGCAGCUGGAAUUAACAAGCAGAUUUUUAUAGCUUCACUUUUUGCUGUGACUAUGGUAUGGUUCUGCCAAGGCUGGCAGUGCUGCAAAUUAUCCCUUCUUCCUGCUGCUGAAGGAGCACACACGUGUGCAUGCACCCAGGUGCACACACACACACACACACACACACACACACACACGCACGCACGCGCACACACACACUGGAAUAAUUGUCCAGCUUUAUAGCAUGUGGAAAUUCAUAACACAUUAGAGAGCAUUUGAAUUUUUUUCUUUGAAACUCACUUUUAAAAUAUUGACAGGAAAUGAAUGCAUCUCCAAGCCACCAAUGACUAAUAUGCUGUUCCUGAGGCAAAGGGAAUUUAUAUCCAAAGGCUUUCCCCGGCAACAUUGCUGCUUGGUUGAUAUAUGGAGCUCCACUUGAGAUGGGAUAUCAGGCUAUUCAGAAGGGCAGCCAUCUAUUUGGGUUGGCCUAAGGCCAAGACCUAGCAAAUUACCCAGGCAGCCCUAGUUUUGUUCUGUUAGAUUCUUUCAAUCUGAAGGAGCCUCUGAAUGGUCUCAAAUCCCCAAGGUACUACGGUGAUACUAUGGCAUUGCAAGUGGACAGGUGAGAAGAUACUCUCUUUACUGUAAUCCAAACCAUACCUGCUAGCUGAGUGGAAGGUUACUAUUUAACUGUCAGCGAGACCUGAAGAGCCUUGCAAGGUAAGUCAGUAACCUUAAGACAAAAAUACAAAUCAAUUCCAGUUAUGCCAAUACCCAAAGCCCCAGAACAGGAAAAACAAAAACAAAAAGCAAAGCAAAAUCAAAAAAAUGAAAAUAGAAACCCUGGGGAUUUCAAACUGUAUGGAAUCCAAUCAUGCUCGGCUCUACAUUCACUACUCCUUCCACUCGCUUGCUGCAGUGAUUUUUUCCUUAGUCUAACCAUGCUAUGGGUUUCCAAAUGGUUUUAUUAAGGUCAAUAAAUAUUUAUGAAGUGACUCCUACAUGCAAGGCACUAAGAUAUAUGAAUCUCAUCCUGCCUUCUUUAAACAAAUAGUUUGGCUAGUCAAGAAUUCAAUGUAUCCCCUUUUCUUGAGGAGUGUAUAUAAUUGGGGUACACUUAUUAAUCUUUGAUAAGGUCAGUUAUGUCCCCAGAAAAUAACAUAAUGUAUACAGUCCACAAGAAAUUCAGGAGCCAGAGUCCUUACCCUUUAAUGUGUUUCUUCAAUUUCAUUUGCUUUUUCUAAAGUACUGAAAUUCAGGGACUCAGUUGAUAAGACUAAAGUAAACUUCUUUAAAAGAACUGGGGAGAAGAAAUACUAUCCUGGGGAUGCAUCCUACUAGGUAGGCAAAUAAAAGUAAUCAUUAGUAAAAAUUCUUAAGAAAUAGACAAGACAUAGGAAAAUAAUCCAAGUUGUUUGUUUUUUGGUUUUGCUAUUUAUUUCUUGAUGUACCCAUAUCUCCUGAGAAAAUUGAAAUAAAAAAUAUCUAAAUUUUGUUCAUCGCUUUAUAUUUUGCAAAGCAUUUUCAAACUCAUCAUGUCAUUUGACCAAUCAAUAAGCAUUUUAAGUACCUCCUAUGUGACAGGCAUUAUGCCAGGUGCUAGGUAAGCGAAGACAAAAAUAAAAUAGUCCCUGUGCUCAGGGAGAUUACAUUCUGUCCAAAAAGACAACAUAUACACAUAAAGCACAUGUAAAAUGAAUAAAAAUAAAUUCAGGAUGGUUUAGGAGAAGAGGGCACUAAAAACUGGAGGAAUGAGGAAAAGCUAUAUGUAGAAAGUUGUGCUUUGAGCUAAGGGUUGAAGGAAGUGAGAAUUAGAGAAAGGAAUACAUUAUAGAUGUGAGGAACAGCCAAUUCACAAGUACAGAGAUGGGAGAUCCCUACAAUAAUUUUUAAAGAAAAUAGAGAUGCUAUUUGAACAUCUAAAGAAAUUGAGGUUCAGAGAAAUUAAAUGAAUUGCCCAAGGUCACAUAACUAAAUGCUGGUGGAGGCUAGACUAGAUCAUUUGAUUUUCUGAGUCUUAAUUCAAUGUUUCAGGGUUUUUAAAAAACUUCUUGUGCUGCAAUGGAUGAUUCCUGAGGGUUAGCAAGGAGGAAAAUGGAAAACUCCAAUUUUGACUUCCUUUUCUACCAACCCUCUUAUAAAAUUGCUAGCACAUUAUAGGCAGGGCCCUGUGGAAUUCCUCUUGCCUUGUUCUGGUGGAUGCCAAAAAUCAGUGAAAGUCUAAACAGUGGGCAAUAAAAGUUAACAGAAGAGAAGGAAAAACAAAACCUAUGUGAUCUGUAUCCUGGAAUAAUACAGAGUUGGAUAAGAUAAAUGCUUAUUGAACCAAAUUUUUAAAAAUUAGCUAUAGCCUCUAUUUAUUUGUUUAAGAGCUGACCUGAAAGUAAAUAGAAGACUGCCACCCAUGAGGGAUGGAGAUUACCUCUGCCCCCUUAAAAAUUCUCCCCCUCAACUUCAGUCCAUGAGAGUGCCUGAAAUCCUCCAGUUAGAGAUGCAUUCCUUUGGAUCUUAAAGGAUUUUUGACUCCAAAGGUCCCAGAUUAAAAUAUAGAUUCUCCUUUGAGGGGAAGAGGAGUGGUCAGAGAAAAAACCUAAAUACCUUGAAGAAAACUCUUCUCAAGUACCCCCUGAAUAUCAAUAGAUUAUCAGAUGCCUUUCCAAUUUUGACAACUAAUUAAGAAAAAUGAUUUACUGGAGCAGCACAAAAGAAAGACUCUUAAAUGUAAGGGGAAACUCCAGGAUCUGGGAGAUAGACUCUCAAAGGUGAGAGAAGGUCCAAAACCAAACUUCCUUCUACCCAGUUAUGCCAGGGCUGGCCCCUUGGCAGAUUAUAAUUUUCUGAGCAAUAGCAGCAAAAGUAGAAAGGACAAAAUUAUUAGGAAGUAGAUGAGCAUUGGGGGCAAAUAAACCAAUAUAUGGACUAUUUUACGAGAUGAAGAUUGUGCAGGAAGAGUUAGAACCAACCAGAAGAGUGGACAAAGUGUCAUCAUACUUUAUCUGCCUGUACUUGUGUCCUCUGUUUAUCAUAUUUUCACUGACUUAGAUAAAUUGUGUCCCUCCUUUGAGAUUCCAAAAUUGCCUGCUUACUUGUUUGUCUAUAUCGUGUUUGACAAUAACUCCAUGCAUAUAUUAGAGUCACUUGGGGACUCAUCCAUGAUACUUCCCCCACUACUUUAUUGAUCUCCCUUGCUAUUCCUCUUGGGUCUUUUGUUCAUCCAUUCUCUUCCAAUUCAGUUAGUACCUAUGAUGCAACAAAAGCUCUGCCUCUCUCUGGCAUAUCUGGUCACUUCUGAAUUUAUACAUUGAAAUUGUUUCCUAGACUUGCCCUUGGAGGGGGCUAGAUAUGUUACCUUGGCAGAUUUAUUGCUUCAAUGUUGUAUUCAGGCUCUAUUGACAAAAAGAAAUUGAUAGACUCAACCCAUUGGGUAGAGGAGUUACAUAUGCCAGAGGAAUGCAUUGCUUUGUAGACAAGCAGUGUCUAGAAGACUUAACUACCCUUGAUUCCAAGGGCAUUGCCUGAACCCUCUUGUCAGACUCUAGGUUCUGAGAUCCCAAAGCACAAGUGGAUGAUGAGUACAUGUUGUAAGUUGUCUGAAGAAAAGAUAAUUGUGACCAUUUGGCCCUCCAAAUACCACUGUGCUAGCAAGUUUGCUCUGCUGCUGGGAGGUAACAAACCCAAGGACCAAGUGUCAGCAGUGGAAAGGUUGAGUCUUCCCUGGUGACAGCAGUGACAUGUUCUGAUGAAAUAAACUUCUUGAAUGUUUUGGUGGUUGUCAGAUUUUUCUACCAUCAUUUCCCUUAACACUUUAUGUAGUCUUUCUCCCCAGUGAUUGCAACACUUUCUAUAUUUUACUUGUAUUCUUUUUCAUUUAAAAAUCAAUUAUACAUUGGAAGGAAAAUCUGAAUUUUGCAUCUGGUGCCACAUUUUAGGUGAAAGGGUAGUUAUUCAGUAGAUGGUAAUUAUUUUGUCCUGAGGGACUUCCCUUUUGUUUCUGUGCAAUAAUGUGUAUGAACCUGGCUACUCUGAGACUGUAUUGUGACAUUAUCAACUUUUCUUGUUAUUUAAAAACUGAUAGUUUGUAGAAUUGAGGAUUUUCAUUGAUGUAAAGCACAAUUUAAUGAAUAAGUUAACAUAUUAAAUCAUUGUGAUGUCAAGAACAA